ACUAGCGGAGGACAGAGAAAGGCUGACUAUUUAAUUUACACUCAGAGUUUGACAGGGAACGUUUUGCAUAACCUGCUGGCAAGGAUGGGUAUCAUGAUUCUGAUUUUGGUCACUUUGACCUGUGUUGGCCGUGUCUAUGGACAAGAAAGCUACGCAGGUGAAAACAUCACCCGUAUUCUGGACCGACUACUAGAUGGAUAUGACAACCGAUUGCGGCCAGGAUCCGGAGGUAUGAUUACAGAGGUGAAAACAGAUAUCUUCGUCACCAGUUUUGGACCAGUAUCAGAUGUGGAAAUGGAGUACACCAUCGACAUGUUCUUCAGACAGACCUGGGUGGACGAGAGGCUGAAGUACGACGGCGCCGUGGAGAUCCUGCGUCUCAACAACAAGAUGGUGGAUAAGAUCUGGACACCCGACACGUUCUUCAGGAACUCCAGGAAGUCCAUCGCCCACAACAUGACCACUCCCAACAAGCUGUUCCGCAUCAUGCAGAACGGGACCGUCCUCUAUACCAUGAGACUAACCAUCAGUGCAGAGUGCCCCAUGAGUCUCAUGGACUUCCCUAUGGACGGACAUGCCUGUCCUCUCAAGUUCGGCAGCUAUGCUUACACGAGCAGUGAGAUCACCUUUACCUGGAGGAAGGGUCUGGAAUCUUCUGUAGACUGUCCUCAGGAGUCUAUCAGUCUGCUCCAGUAUGACCUGGUGGGACAGAGGUUAUCCAAGGAGACGUUCAAAUCCAACACAGGUAUCUACUCUGUCAUGGUAGUUCAUUUUCUACUACAGAGGAAGCUAGGCUACUACCUGAUUCAGACAUACAUCCCUCUGAUUAUGGUGGUGGUGCUGUCGCAAGUAGCCUUCUGGAUCAACAAAGAGUCUGUCCCUGCACGCACUGUGGCUGGCAUCACCACGGUCCUCACCAUGACAACCCUCAGCAUCAGCGCCCGCCAGUCUCUGCCCAAGGUGUCCUACGCUACAGCCAUGGACUGGUUCAUCGCCGUGUGUUUUGCGUUUGUGGCGUCCGCGCUCAUCGAGUUCGCCGCCGUCAACUACUUGGCCACGCUGGAGGCCAGCAGACUGAAGAAGAGGAACGCCAGGCAGAACAAACUGAAGGUCCUGGCUGAAGCAAGUUAUGAUGAGGAGGAUGAUGAGAGUGCUUCAUCUCCACUCUCAGAGAGAGGAGGCCUGAAGAAGAGGUAUAACUCCAUAUCCCAGAGUGAGAUGGACACUGGCCCCUCGGUGCCCAUCUUCCUGCAACAGGGUUCAGCUGUGCCCCCCAUCCCAGCGCUGGCUGGCACCAGCCCAAUAGACCAGUACUCCCGCAUCAUGUUCCCCCUGGCCUUCGCCCUCUUCAACCUCUUCUACUGGAUCAUAUACCUGGGCAAGGACACCAUGGAACAGGCCAGAGAUGAUUGACCCUCUUGCACCAACUGAUGUGUCAUCUACAGGGAAUGUUCUGCAGAGACCUUGUUCAUUCAUCUCUGUCCUUCGCUCUACCAACAAGUACUCAACGUACACACUACUUUCAGUCCACACAGGAAAUGAAUAUGAAAAAAUGUAUAUUGUCCGACCACAUGUCUAUUCUGUUCACAUGUUGCUCUGCCCAGACCUGCUGGGAUCAGUUAUUGAAGAGGUGUCCAUGUCGUUGGCAGAGCUUUGCUUUAAAAAUGGAUGCAUUUGUAACUUGUGAUUCUCCAGCAUCAUAAGUAUGGUGGGGGG